AUGGCCGGCUCGGACCCAGACCCCGAGUUGGAGAGAAGCAACGCCUCGCAUAGACAUCUCAUCGAUGUGCUCAAGCAGACCUUUGAGAUUCUGGGAGGGCUCACCUGGCAAUCAGCAGAAGCAGCAGGUCAACGCGCAGACGACGAAGAAACCAUUGAGGAAGUCAUCUUCUCCAACAAGUUUUCCGCCCUCGACAUCGGUGCCGCCGUUAAUAGUAGUUCUGAGGAAGAGGCUGAGCUUCCCAAGAAAUUUGCGUCAAGACGGCGCCAGACAAACAAGUCUGGUAAAGGAAAGAAGGGCAAAGGCAAAGGCAAGAAGGGCAAAAGCAGCAACAAGCAGAACCAGGUGUCAUCAUCCUCACAAGCCGCUCUGGAGGAUCUGCCCUUGGAAAGCUACAAGAUCGUGGAAGACUUCAACGCUCGCAAUGGUGAGAAUGGGACCGGCCUUUUGACCGACUACCUGAUGGACGUCUACCUCGUCUUCCGAAACCUUCUUGUCCUGCGUGCAUCAGUCCAAAACAAGUGGGCUGAGGUGGCCUACGAUGAUCUCAACAGUGCCGUCGCCGGCGCCAUGUCCAACGUGGCCAUCGCCACAAUCAAGAAGAUCCAGUCUUCAAUCUUCUUUGAGUAUCCCGGAAACGACUCGUUCGACGCAAUCCUAAACGCCUUGACAAGAGGCAACCCCGAGAAGAUGAGGGAUAACUUCGAAGUUGGCAUGUGGGCAUGCGGCCCCGGUGGGCAGGGAGGUCACCAAGUGCACGGCACGUACCUGGACAUCCAGGAGCAAUUUCUCAUGUACUCGUACAAGGACCUCUGCGACUUCAUUACCGACUUCCAGCUGAACCGCACAGGAAAGCCAACAAAGCGGAUGCAGGCCGAGGUUAGGAACUGGAACCCCAAACUCAACCUCGCAAGUGCCACCAAGGAAGAACGAAUCCAAUGGCGCCGUGCUUACACGAUCAAUUGGCUCUACGACCUGGUCAACGUCUUCUCCUCUGUUGUUGUUCAUCGCAACACCUUGGAAGACGAAAGCCAUGACCUUUCCAAGGUCGACUGGUCAUCUUCCGGCCCGUGGCACGCACACCGCCGGCUCUUCGGCCUCAACGAAUUCGCUGCUUUCGUCAGCUCGCUCGCAUGGCAGAAGCCAGGCGCCCCGAUCAAGGUCAUGGUUCUCCCCCAUCAUGUUUUUCAGCUCCAGUGCAUCGUGGAUUCCUGGACCGUGUCGCGCGGAUGGUCACUGAGCUUUGUGCACGGUCAUGUGCUGCGACCUCCGAGCCAUAACUUUAUUCCCAGGCGAGACCUGGACCCUAUCCUGAAUCGCGGCACACAAGCCGUCCAAGCCCUCACCGGGUCUUUGCAAGCUGAAUCGGUCUUGCAGCAGUUGCUCGAGCGUGAUGGCAUUAGAAGGGGCCACCCCGAGGCGCAUAGCGCAAGAUGCGCGAUUCUCAAGCAGAUCAGAGACGAGUUCGACGGCUGCCUGGGCCGAACCAUUCUCGCCGCCGGUCUGGACACGAUCCCUACCUCGCGAUUCGCAGACACUGAUGUCAACGGUCUAUACAACUACUCGCCCUUCCAAUGUGGCGUUGGAUCACUGGAAGCACUUGAGCUGAGCUACCUGGUUAGCACUUACAUUUGGGAUCAGGUUCCUGAGCCCCUCAUGCUCCUUCACCUGCACAACAUGGUGGUGAAGAAGGGAUACCUCAAGACGCCUGUUGAACUUUGGCUCGCACUUGAACAAAUCUUUGGUGAAGCGCUGUUCCCGACAGGCAAAGCACCAACUUCCAGGUUUGCACAGACAUUUUCAUCUCACUGCAAGAAUGUUCAAGCCCAGGGCUCCGCCGCCCGAGCGACGAAACUCAAGGCCGCAAAGAACGCCAACAAUGCCCUUAGCAUGCUGGACCCCGAAUCAAAUAUUUCAUUCAGGUCCAAGCCGUAUGUGCAACUCCUCCGCCAAGGAGAGUGGGACCCAGAUCGAGUACCGGACGAGGAGAUCCCUCUUGAGACUUUGACCUGCAUGCUGCGCCUCAGCCGGCUCAAGAUGAAGAAGGAUGAGCUCACCGGUCGUCUGGCCUUGGCCGAUCCUGAAGCACCACUCGCUCGGCGUGCCAAGGCUCGUGGAUACACGGAGGAGCACAUCGCUCAGCUCUCAUUCCUUAACCCUUGGGAAGGCGAUGCCGCCACUAAGGACGAGUGCUUGAGCAAGACCGUGAUGGACAACAUGCGGAGAUCCGACCCGGAGAAAUUCAAAGGAAUGGUUACCGGAGACCAAGACAUGUGGAAGAAGCAUUCGCCCGGAGGAUCGAUGAACCCCGAGGAGAUGAUGGGGCUCUGCGGAUGGGACGUGUACAACAGUAUCUGCGGCGACCAGCCCGUUCUGGGACUCAGCUUCGUCUGGGUGACGGCCUCCGUCUACGUGUGGUUCGAGAUGCUGGAGGAGGAACUCAAGAAGCUGCGCAACCCGGUCUACGUGAGCGCGUACGAAGACCCGACCUUUCGAGGAGAUCAACGCAACCGGCUGGUGAUGGGUGCUCUGGGGGCCCAGGAUGAGGAGUGUAUGAAGACGGUUGCCAAGCUCUUCGAAAAGAGUCGCUGCGGGUUCGUCGAGAACAUGUACUGGAACAAGAUCGAGACUUCGGAGAAGAGAACGGAGAGAAUGAACAAGGCCCGGAAAGGGGAAGAACUGGGCUGUGUCGUAAUGUGA